CUGUAAUUCGCCGUGUUAUGCCGAGCCUCGGCCCCGCGUCCGUCGUUCAAAGCUCAAUUCGCAGCGCGCUCUUGACCAAGUCGUCGUCGCACAUGAAGCGGAGCCGGGCGUGCGCCAACCUCGCGAGCCUCGAGCUCGCCGAGGCCGGCCCGCUCGUGACCAAGAAGUCAAAACGUCUCGAAGCUUCGCUCAUCCCAACGGACCUGCGCCGCCAGUCGCUCUUCCUGGAGGCCGAGUUUGCCUUCGUGCCAGGCUUCCGCGACGCCGACGCCGCGCUCGCUGUGUGGAUGGAGCCGUGCAGCCUCUCGGAGACGAGAAUACAAAAGGCGUAGGCCACCACCACCGACACGGAUGGUAUAUCAAACGACAACGUAGUAUUUAGUCUCAAGCGCGGAAUGAAGUAGCAGUAAUAACAAUAAGGAUAUAGGAUGAAAGCAAGA